AUGUUGAAUAAUCCAAUUAUAUCCAAUUUCCCCAAAGACUGGGAUUUUCUUCAUGAAAAUAACAACUCCAGCGGUCCGGGCAUUGAAGGCUCAGGAUUCAUAUCAAACGAUCCAAAUGAAGAUUUUGAUAAAUCAUCGCUUGAACCAUCGAACAAAAUAAAUUUUAUGCCAUUAAAAAUUGGCAUGAUAAAUUCCACUUGGAAAUCUGAUUCCAGAUACAUACAAAUAUUUGGCAAUCAAGUGGAGAUAAUAAAAAUUGUUGGUAGAAUAGUAAAUGUACAAUGGACAGACCAAAAUAAUCAAUAUUUAAUAGAAGAUGAUACGGGGAGGAUCAUGUGCAUAUUAGUUAGGGCCGAUGAAUUCAGCGAAUAUAGAACUAAGCAAUUAAAGGAUUUAGAAAAUGGGCAUAAACUUGUUAAGAUUUACGGGGGUUAUAAUCCAAUAAACAGCACACAAUAUCCUGUUAUUAGUAUUUAUUCCAUCAAAUGCAUACAAAAUUUUAAUGAAUCUUUGCUACACGAUUUAGAUGUCAUGCAUACAAUUUUGAAGAAAAAUUCACAACGUAUGAAGAAUGAAGACAAUAGAAGCAAUUAUAUAGGAUCUCUUUCCAGUUACAUUGCUAAACUUCUUAGUGACCAUGUGAAAUCUGGAAAGGGGAGGAAUGGAUUUAAUGUCAGUGAGAUCACCAGGCAAUGCCAACUAUGUCCAGAAUUUCAAAAUGUCACUGAAAAUCAUGUAAUGACUUGUUUGAAGGAGUUGGAACAAGAAGCUCGCGUUUACCAGACUAUUGAUACACAAACAUUCUCAUCAUCAGAAAUCUAA